CUAGUGACCAGUGUUUUAUUACCGAUAAGACCAGUAGGUAACCUCUAAUUUUGAAAAUCAAAAACAAAUCAACAUUUAUAAAAACACAAAUAAAAUGUUUUGAGUGUUUCUUAUAUAGUUUUUGGUCCUAAUUUUAGAAUAAUUAAUGUGAUUUAAAAUUAAUAAUGUGUCAAACUAAAAAUAAUAUUACACAAUAGUUUUUAUUGAUAAUACAGAUAAAAGUUAUAUUGAUAUUUUUAAUUAGUAAUAAAAUUUGUUUUUACAUUCAUUAAAGUACAAUGCCGCGGGCAAUUUCAUUAAAUGAGCAUUUAUUCAUCGGUACAAUAUUUUCCUGUAUUUUCUUGGUGUUCAAUUAUUCAUUGCAUAGGAUUGAGGAGGGACACGUCGGUGUAUAUUUUAGGGGUGGGGCUCUUUUGCCAUGGGUCAGCUUCCCUGGAUAUCACAUGAUGAUACCAUUACUGACGAGUCACAAACCAGUUCAGAUUACUUUGCAAACGGAUGAAGUAAAGAAUGUGCCAUGUGGGACAAGUGGUGGAGUUAUGAUUUAUUUUGAUCGAAUUGAAGUGGUAAACCAUCUUAAUCAAAAUAGUGUUAUAGACAUUGUACGAAAUUAUACUGCAGACUACGAUAAAACGCUGAUCUUUAACAAAGUUCACCAUGAAUUAAAUCAGUUUUGCAGCAUUCACACGUUGCACGAAGUGUAUAUCGACCUAUUCGAUCAAAUAGACGAAAAUUUGAAACUGGCCCUGCAGCGGGACUUGCUGGAAAUGGCGCCCGGUUUAACCAUACAGGCUGUGAGAGUUACCAAACCCAAAAUUCCCGAAGUUAUAAGGAAGAAUUACGAACUAAUGGAAGGGGAGAAGACGAAAUUGUUGAUUGCUACCCAACAUCAAAAGGUAGUCGAAAAAGAUGCCGAGACGGAGCGUAAAAAAGCUGUAAUCGAGGCGGAAAAAGAAGCGCUGGUCGCCAAAAUUCAGUUCGAACAGAAGAUAAUGGAAAAAGAAUCUUUACAAAGGAUCUCUCAAAUAGAUGAUGAAAUGCAUUUGGCGCGUCAACAUAGCCAUGCCGAUGCUGAAUUCUACAAGUUCAAGUUACAGGCAGACGUGAACAAAAUUCUACUUACGCCGGAAUACAUAGAAUUGAGGAAAUACGAUGCGCUUGCGCAAAAUACUAAAGUUUACUUUGGUAACGAAAUUCCACAGACUUUUUUGGGAGCCGACUUGUUUGUACCGAAGGAAACGAAAACCGAUAACAAAAAUAGUUAAUAUUGGUUUCUUUAAUGUCCAAUUGUGUGUGAUCCACUUGAUUUUUUCGUUUCGUACUGCGUUUGAAGAGUUUUCUUGUAAAAAGAGCACUAUUUGUAUACGAGAAUCACCAUUGGCUUUCGAUUUUAAUAAAAUGCUACUGAUUA